AUGGGUUGUGUUUCAGGAGUUGAGAUAAAACCUAAUAUAAUUGUUCAAAUGAAAACAAGAAAUUAAGAUUUAGUGUUUACAUCGACAGAAGAUAUUACUAAAAUAUAUUCUUUAGGUAAAGUUCUAGGAAUAGGUUCUUUUGGUAAAGUUGUUUCUGCAAGAAUGAUUAAAAAUUCUGAAAAGUAAUUUGCCAUAAAAAUUAUUGAAAAAGUAAAAGUCAAAGGUCGCGAGGAUAUUUUGGCAAAUGAAAUUUAUAUGUUAUAAAGAAUUGAUCAUCCCAAUAUAAUUAAAUUUCAUGAAGUUUACUAAAAUAAUCGAAAUUUUUAUAUUUGUAUGGAUUAUUGUAAAGGAGGGGAAUUGGUUGAAUGGAUUCCAAGAAAGUAUAAAAGCUUUCAUGAACAUAAUAUUUAAGAGAUUAUGAAAAAAGUAUUUAUUUUAUAUAUAAUAAAUUUAGAUUGUUUCAGCAGUCAGUUAUAUACAUUCUUAAGGAAUAGUUCAUAGAGACAUUAAAGCUGAAAAUAUUAUGAUUACUUCUAAAAAAGAAGAUGGUGAGCCAAAAUUAAUAGAUUUUGGAUUAGCGAAUAAAUUUGAUACAUCUCACAUUAAGUUUUUACUUUUGUAUAAUUAUAUAAGGAGACUAAAAUCUUUUGCUGGAACUCCUAUGUAUAUGGCACCAGAGAUCAUUAAAGGAUCCUAUGAUGAAAAAUGUGACAUUUGGUCUCUUGGUGUAUUACUCUUUACUUUACUCUCUGGUCAUUUACCAUUUCAUGGUGAUACAAAGGCAUAAUUAUAUGACAAUAUCUAAAAAUCUAGUGUAUUAUACAUUAUCAUCUAGAUCUCAUUUAAUUCUUAAGUUUGGACAAAAAUAAGCAAUGAAGCUAAAGAUUUAAUUAAAAAAAUGCUAUAAAAAUAACCUGGAAUGAGACCAAAUUCAAAAGAUCUUAUUAAACAUGCUUGGUUUAAAAAAUAAUUUAAAAAUGAGGAUAAAACUUAAUCCUAAAAUAAUUCAAAUAAUACUGAAAAUAGAUAAAUUUAUUAAUUGUUAAAAUAAAAUUAAGGAGGAGCAAAAUUUAAAAAAGAAGUUAAAACUUUAUUAGUGAAUUAAUUAAACGAAACAGAAUUAAGUUAAUUAAAAGAAAUUUUUAAAAAGAUUGAUGUAGACAACUCAGGUACAAUAACAUUUGAUGAAUUAAAAUAAGCCUUACAUGCAGAAGUAAUUAAUAAUUUUAUUAAAGGGAUCUCCAGCUACUUUUGAAGAUAUAGAGAAAUUAAUAAACAAUACUUCAACUCCACAGACUUAUGAGUAAGUAGGAAAAAAAAAAAAAGACUUUGUUAUUAAAUAUAGUGAAUUCUUGGCUUCAUGUAUUGAUCAAAGAAAAUUUAUAACUAAAGAAAAAGUAAAUAUUUUAUUUUAUUAAGUUAUAAUCUUUAUUCUUUAUAUUUGAUACUGAUAAUUCAGGCUUUAUAACUAAAUUAAAUAUUAAAGAAGCAUUUGCUAGAAAUGGAAAACAAAUUUCAGAUAAACAAAUUGAUGAAAUGAUUGCUGAAAUUGAUCCAAAUCAUGAUAAUAAAAUUAGUUUUGAAGAAUUUUGUCAAAUGUUUGAUAAUGCAGGCGUUAAUAAAAACUUUACAGAGGAUGGAAGCAUUUAUACAUGA